AUGAGAACAAAGCAACAACAAUCUAAUUCAUCAGCGAAUAACCAAACAAGUUAUGGUCGUACCGCUAAAGCUAAUAGCACUGGUGAUAUUGAUAACACAGGUGCUACUCUUACUAAAAGUAGAAUAAUUACCAAUGUUAAUGAAUUAUUACCAGGAUUAAAUGAUAUAAGUGAUGCAUUUGAAGCAUUACCCAUUGAUUUAAUCAAAUAUUUCACAUUAUUAAAGGAAAUAGAUGCCAAAUGUAUUAAUACCAUCCCACAAAUUAAUUAUUUAAUCAAUCAAUAUAUUACCAAUCUCCAUCAAGAUAAUAGUUCCAGUCCCUCGACUACUACCACUAAUAAAAGUGACAACAGCUCGACUAAUGGGAAUAAAAAUUUAGAAACUAAACGAUUAAAUUUAAUUAAGAAUAAAAUUAAUGAAGUGAUUCCAUGUUUAGAAGAAAAAAUGCAUGUUACUUCAGUUGCUAGUGAUUUGUUAAAUAAACACAUGCAUAGAAUCAAUCAAGAUUAUAAAUUGAUUGUAUUGAAUAAUGAAAUCCCGCAAAGUAUUAGAAUUGGUCCAUUAAAUCAUCCAGCAAUGAUUAAUGAUACUCAUACAUCAUCGUCAUCAUCAACAUCUACUGGGAAUGGAACUGGUGGUGGAACUAAUAAUAAUCAUGCUGGUAAUAACAGUGUACAAAGUCAACGUAGCGAAAGUAGAAGAGAAGCAUUAGCUGCUAGAAAAGCCAAUAAAGAAGAUGAUAGAGACAAUAAUACUACUAGUGGUAGUGGUAGUGGUCGUAAAAAGAAAAAAGAACUGAACAACAACAACAACAACAAUAAUAAUAAUGCAGCUGCCACUGGUGAUGGUAACAAUAGUAGUAAUGGAAAGAAAAGAAAUAGAGAUGAUAAAUCAAAUAAUGCUGGAGGAGGAGGAAAUGAUUUGAAGAAGAAAAAGAAACAGAAUAAUAACGAUCAAUUAGAUAAUAGAAGAAAAGGUGAAGAUGACAGUGGUAAACGUGAUCUUGAGACAGGCUUCAAUAGUGGUAAUAAGAAUGAUCCCCAUGGUAAGCUAAAGACAACAUCUACAGGAGGAAAUCUUGUUGGUGGUAGUACAACAGCAACAACAAUAUCAUCGUCAUCAACAACAACCUCGUCCUCAGCAACAACAGCAACAACAACGACAACGAAAAAUAGUGGAUCAACUGGAGCCAGUACUGUUGGUGGUGGUGCUAAAGGAUCUUCAUCUUCCUCUUCUUCAGGUAAUAAUGAACCAACCUAUUGUUAUUGUAAUCAAGUUUCAUUUGGUGAGAUGGUAGGAUGUGAUGGCGAUGAUUGUAAACGAGAAUGGUUUCAUUUACCAUGUAUUGGAUUCAAAAACCCACCAAAAGGUAAAUGGUAUUGUGACGAUUGUAUCAAAAAAUUGAAAUAG